AUGGCAGAAAUCACUGGAGUAGAAGCCCAUCCACUGAGAUCCGUUGUCACACAUCAGGAAGACGAUGCCACUACAAGUGAACAAAAAAUUGAGCUUUCCGUCUCUGAAAAGGCAUUAUCAGACCAUGGGGCCGAUGUAAACACUUCCAAUCCCCAAGACAUGGUUUCAAUGGAGGAAGAGCUUUGGUGGAGCCAAUUUAGACACAAAAUGCGUGAGCCAUUUUCGGAGUUCUUUGGAGUUUUUAUCUUAAUCCUCUUUGGUGAAGGGUCGGUGAAGCUGUGAAUUUAUUAUUGUUGUAAGCUAAUGGAUAUCAAGAUCAAUUGCACAAUUUAUCUUAGCGAAUGGCACUAGGGGUGAUUGGCAAUCGGUAAAUUGGGUACGUCAAGUUUCCAAAUAUCGUUAACAGGAGUGCAUCAUUUUGCCUGGACAACAUCUUAGCCGUGACAUUAUGCUGACCUUGAUAUCAGGCUUGGGGUAUUGGUGUCAUGCUCGGGGUUUAUAUAUCAGGCCCUUCUGGGGGACAUCUCAACCCCGCUGUCACGUUCACAAAUUGGUAAGACAAGUCUAUAAUCCGAUACCUUAAGCCCAAAUUAACAAAUUCGUCAAGUAUCUUUCGAAAAUUUCCUUGGCAAAAGUUUCCGACCUAUAUACUAGCUCAAACUUUGGGCGCCUUUUGUGCCUCUGCUAUUGUCUACGCAAAUUUCAAAUCCGCGAUUGAUCUAAUCGAGGGCCACAAUAUCCGAACUACUACAGGAGGGCACCCGACUGCUGGAAUAUUCAGUACGUAUCCAACAAAGUUUAUGACCAGAACAGGAAUGUUCUUUUCCGAAUUUAUCGCAUCUACGAUCCUCAUGUUCUGCAUCUACGCCUUGCAAGAUAACAACAAUGUUGGAGCGGGAAAACUCACGCCCCUUGGGUUAUUCUUUGUCGUUUUUGGUAUUGGGGCUUGUUUUGGGUGGGAAACUGGAUAUGCCAUGAAUUUUGCCAGAGAUUUUGGUCCGAGGGUUAUGUCCGCUAUGGUGGGGUAUGGUGCUGAAGUUUUCAGAGCUGAUGAUCACUACUUUUGGAUUCCGAUGUUGGCGCCAUUUUUUGGAUGUACCUUUGGAGGAUGGAUGUAUGAUGUCUUCCUGUUUACAGGUGACAGUCCUGUGAACACUCCUUGGAUGGGUUUCAAAAGAUUAAUGAUUGGUCCUGGGAGAAGGUUGGUUGAAAGUUCUGAGGCCUGA